AUGGGCACACUGAGCAACGUUGACUCCGUUGCCAACGCGAACCAAGGCAGCUUCAAGCCUUCUGUUCCCAGGGAAGGGCCUAUCACUGACAAGGGCCAUAAGCCUGGCGUCAAGGUCAACGAGGCUGACCAACGUCCUGAAUAUCACUUGCAGACUUUCCCUCCUGGGACUGCCCCGCAAGAAACCUCUGCCGCCGAUACAUUGAUGGGGGCCACAUCGCAAGAUGUCCACACCGGAUUUGGAAAGCCUCUACAGGGGCAAACUGGGACUGAGCUGGCUCAUGAUGGCGAACAUGGACGACAGAAACAGUCUGCCGGACUGGAAGGUAUUGGCACUUCUAUGCAGGACCGGGGCGUGGAGCGACAAUUCCCCAACCAACGCGGUAUUGAGAGAGAGGAGGCACAGAAUGGGACUCGUGGCAACAAGGCCGAUCGUGCAGCGGAGAAUAUGGAGCCCGAAGGUGCGGAAACGUUGGAUGCAGAGUGGAAGUAUGAGUCCUCCACCAAGCGGAACCAAUAA